AUGUCCUGUCCCGCUACUCGGCAGAAAAUCAAGAUAGACGAGGUUUGGGCCGAUUUGGAAGCUGGCAUCCAGCAGAUCUUCCGACGGGACCAAAACAUCCGAUCUGGGCGCUACAUGGAACUGUACACUCACGUGUACAACUGCAGCGUAAAGGUACAACGUUCAGCAUCCGAUUGGCAGCUUGGCCAGACGCUGUUUUCCCGGAGUGAUUCCACCAAACUAGCAGAUGAAUCCCAACACUCCGGUCGGGAAUUGUAUUACUACCUAACGAGAUUCCUCGAAGGCUAUUUAGAAGAUUUGCACAGCCAUGGUUCCGACCUGAUGGAUGACGAAAUGCUGCUUUUCUACACAAAGCAAUGGGAAGACUUUAAAUUCUCCAGCAAAGUUCUGAAUGGCCUAUGCUCCUACCUCAACCGGCACUGGCAGAAACGAGAAUGUGAAGAAAGGCGUACGAAUGUUCAUGAGAUCUACCAGCUAGCGCUGUUCACAUGGCGCGAGAACCUGUUGAAAAAUUUGAGCAAACAGAUGAGCACGGGACUGCUCAAGUUGUUCGAUCGGGAACGAAGUGGUGAGACCAUCAAUACGCGACUGGUUACGGAAACGAUCAGCAGCUACGUGGAACUUAGUAGCAAUCUCGAUCAGAGCGAACCGCUUUUCGACGGACCAAAUUUGUCUACGUAUAUUGAAUGUUUCCAAGAUGCAUUUUUGGAGCAUACCGAAGAGUUCUACACAGCGGAGAGCGCAGAGUUUCUGAAGAACUAUUCGGUUUCCGAUUAUUUGAAAUACGUAGAAGUUCGAUUGAAGGAAGAGGAGAAACGUGCCGUUGUUCUAUUGCACAAUAGCACUCGGGAAAAACUGAUGACUGUUUGCGAACGAGUACUGAUUAAGAAGUACCUGUCUCGGAUUUACGGCGAGUUCAAAAAUCUAUUAGAUUUGGAGAAAAUCCCGGAUUUGAUUCGCUUGUAUCAGCUGAUGGUUAGAUUGAAAGUCGACAGAGUACUAACCGAAUUGGGCAAACAUUUGGAAGUCUACAUUCACAAACAAGGAUUGAACGCGAUGCUCAAAGCUGGAGACCCGGCAUUGACUGAUCCGAUGCUUUACGUUCAGACAAUUUUAACGGUUUACAGAAGGUACAGUACCUUGAUACAUGCGGCGUUCAACAGCGAUAACAUUUUCAUAGCUGCGAUGAAUACAGCUUUCGGGAAAUUUGUCAACCGGAACGCCAUCAUAGAUGCCAGCAAAAGUUUCUGCAAAAGCUCGGAAAAUCUUGCCAGAUACUGUGACAUGCUGUUGAGGAAAUCUAGCAAGCAUCUGGAGGAACAGGACUUUGACGACUCGUUAAACGAAGCAAUUACCGUGUUCAAAUUUCUCGAAGAUAAGGACGCUUUCGAGAAGUUUUACAGCAAGCUGCUAUCCAAGCGGCUGUGUCUACAACUCUCGACCAGCGAUGAUGCCGAGGCCUUGAUGAUCUCCAAACUUAAGGAAACUUGUGGUUUCGAAUACGCCCGCAAGCUGCACAGGAUGCUCCAGGAUAUGGAAAUAUCGAAGGGACUCAACGCAAAAUACCAACAGAUGUCAAACAAUUGCUGCAGUUCAUGUAGCGACAUUGAUUUCAAUAUUCUAGUGCUGUCGGAUGGAACGUGGCCGCUUAGUCCAAGCUUCACACUGACGCUUCCGUUCUCGGUGGAACAGGCUGUGGAAUCGUUUCAAAAGUUUUACGCAAGACGCUUUUCCGGACGAAAGCUCAUCUGGUUGUACAGCAUGUCACGCGGUGAAGUCGUAACGAAUUGCUUCCUUCAACGGUACACGCUACAGGUCAGUACUCUACAGAUCGCUGUAUUGAUGCAGUUCAAUGAACAUCCUUCCUGUACCAUUCAACAAUUGGUUGAACACGUCAACGUCAAGCUAGACUACUUGAUACAGGUAAUUCAAAUUUUGCUUAAGGUGAAACUACUGACGAGCAGCGAUGAAGGGGACUUGAAACAAGAAUCCUCGGUUCAACUGAACACAGCCUUCGGCAGUAAGAAGCUCAGAAUCAAUAUCAACCACCCAUUGAAGGCGGAAGUCAAGGUGGAGCAGGAAUCUUCCAAUCGAUCCAUUGAAAAUGAUCGAAAGUUUAUGAUUCAGGCGGCGAUUGUGAGGAUCAUGAAGACCCGGAGAAGCUUACUGCAUUCGCAGCUGGUGGGGGAAGUCUUGAACCAGCUAGCGACGCGUUUCAUACCGAAGGUUCAGAUUGUUCGGAAGUGUAUUGACGCUUUGGUGGACAAGGAGUACAUCGAACGGCGAGCGGGCGAAAAGGACGUGUAUGACUAUCUCGCUUGA